GCCCUAAUCCCUCUCUCUUCCCCCUUUUAUAGCUCUCCUCAGCUCCUCUCUUUCUCGCUCCGCACAUAAACCCUAAUCCCUCCGCUCCCAAAAACCCUAGAAACCCUCAUCUCCGCCCCCGAAUCCCCGCGCGAGAUCACCCGAUAAUGGGGAGGCGAAAGGGCGGGAACAAGAGCCCCGCGUCGCUCUCCCAGAAGAGCAGCUCGAGCAACGGGCCGCCGGAGGAGGAGGAGGCGACGACGACGACGACGAUGAGCAUCGCCGGAGCCGAGGCGGCGGCGACGGAGGCGGAGACGGAGGUGGCGGAGGAGGCCAUGGACGAGAGGACGGGGAGCUCCAACUUGGAGGACUCGUCCGAGUACCCGGCGCUAAUCGGCGGCGACAAGACCAGCGCCGACUACUACUUCGACUCCUACUCCCACUUCGGCAUUCAUGAAGAAAUGUUGAAAGAUGUUGUUAGAACAAAGACAUAUCAAAAUGUCAUCUACCAGAAUAGCUUUCUAUUCAAGAACAAGGUGGUCCUUGACGUAGGUGCAGGGACGGGAAUCCUCUCUCUUUUUUGUGCAAAAGCUGGAGCAAAACAUGUUUAUGCGAUAGAGUGCUCUCAAAUGGCUGACAUGGCAAAGGAGAUUGUUCAAGCAAAUGGGUUUUCUAAUGUCAUAACGGUUCUGAAAGGAAAGGUUGAAGAGAUCGACCUUCCGGUCGCGCAUGUAGAUGUGAUCAUCUCCGAGUGGAUGGGCUAUUUCCUGCUGUUUGAGAAUAUGUUGAACACAGUUCUGUAUGCACGCGAUAAAUGGCUUGUUAAUGGCGGAGUUGUCUUACCAGACAAAGCUUCCCUAUAUCUAACUGCAAUUGAGGAUGCUGAAUACAAAGAAGACAAAAUUGAGUUCUGGAAUAGUGUAUAUGGCUUCGACAUGAGCUGCAUCAGAAAACAAGCCGUGAUGGAACCACUUGUAGAUACUGUAGACCAGAAUCAAAUAGUCACCAACUGUCAACUUCUUAAGACAAUGGAUAUUUCGAGAAUGGCUCCUGGCGAUGCCUCUUUCACCGCACCAUUUAAGCUUGUGGCUGAGCAAAAUGAUUAUAUCCACGCUCUUGUGGCAUACUUCGAUGUCUCUUUCACCAAAUGCCAUAAGUUGAUGGGGUUCUCAACAGGGCCGAGGUCGAAGACUACUCAUUGGAAGCAAACUGUUCUCUACCUUGAGGAUGUUCUACCCAUCUGCAAGGGAGAAGCAUUGAUUGGGAGCAUGACCGUCGAGCCCAACAAGAAGAAUCCUCGCGACGUGGAGAUAAUGCUCAAAUACUCCCUAAAUGGGCAGCAUUGCCAGGUCUCAAGAACUCAGUAUUAUAAAAUGCGGUGACUGAUCAGGUACACUUUCCUGCCUUAAAAAAAGGUAGAUUGCGAUUAUUAUACCGUGCUUUCUUGGUUAAUGCAUUCAUUCCAACUUAACUUUUUGCACUUUGGAUGGUAUUUAUUGUUUGGCCCCAAAAAGGUGCUUCAAUGUUUGAAUCACACUGAUUGUAAUGCUUGUUUCCCCUUCUUCAAUCUAUAUGCUGUAGCUUGUUAUGUUUUAGAAAUAUUUCCAUGAUAGCUUGUGAAAAUACCAUUUUAUCAAUUGAAACUUAAAAUGGGUGAAUAUUCAUAGAAGCAA